CAUUUUGAAGCACUUCACGGAUUUGCGAAAAUUUACAUCAGGGAAUUUACUAACCAAAGAAAACAAAAACAGCAUGACCUAAGUUACGUAAGCAACCGAAACACCGAACGAAACCAGAUUGUCAUAAUCAGUGGCGUCUUCAUGAGCAGUUUUGCUUCUGUCGUGACAAAGCAGGCGCUGCUUCGUUUAUCAAACUUCAAACUGCUAGGUAUUUGGAUGUCCAAACAUGUUUCGCCUGUCAUUGCUCGACAAGAGCAGGUAUGUCGGUGUAAGUAGAACUCUAUUUAUUUAUAUUCUGCUUCAUUUGAAAUCACAAACAACCGAGCAAAAAGGGCGUCAAAGUCAGGGCGACCGAAAUGGAUAAACUCAUUAGCAUUUUUAAGCCGAACAUAAAUUACCAUUCCGGUGACUGUUGCCUACCUGUUUGGCAGAUUUGUUCGACAGUUUGUUUUGAAAGUAUUUAAUGAAUACUGCACCAAUAUGUGAUCGUAAUGAUUUGACGUCAGCAGGAAAUGUGAAGCAACCGAGUGCAGCGAAAACACAGGGAAAACAAAAAACCAAUCGCUUAGGUAAGUUUUCCUGCCAGAGGCUUUGGUACUGAAACCAAACCAGGUAAGUCAGCAAUUCGUCUAACGUCCUUGCAUUCAACAGUGGCUGUGACGACGAAUCUAUGCGGUGCGCACACACAUAGAAUACUUUUUGUCCAUUAAAGUAUACUGCAGGAUCAUAAUAACCGUCAUUGUAACGCUUUCUGUUUUCAGUUUUCAGUUUUCAGUCCCCAAAAACAGAUUGCAUGCGUGUUACCAACACAUGCGGAUUAUCGUAUGCUCCCAAUACACGCUCAAUCCAAUAUUUGAUUAUUUCUUCCUUUGGCGUUCUCUUGGUUCGAGACGAGUAAUUGGUUGGGUACCACGUAUAAAUUCGAAAGAAGGGAAAAAAACGUCACUGAGCACACGACGGCAUGAGAGCGGUACUGUUGUCGCUUCCGCCGUCUGUGUCUACAGCCUCGCGGCGCGUUCGCAUCCAUCUGUGGCUUUUUGAUUCGCAGAGGCAUCAUCAGCAACAACAACAGCAGCAGCAGCAGCAGAAGCAGCGUAAUCGCGCGGUGUUCGCUUAUUAUUAUUCCUAACCUCGAACUCGAACUGAGAAUCACGUACACCAAUCCUCCAGAAAGAAAAGGCAAGCUGCUACAGGCUGUGGCGAUGGUCAGACACAUACACAUCGAUGCCUGAAGCCACCAUCAUCAGCAGGUCGACACAGCACAGGCUGCGACUGGCUGCCUGCCGGUCUCCUGCUCGUCGUACACCACCUCGCUAUGGCUCUAUGGAGGACCGGUGAGCUCAUGUUCACUUCAAGUUGAGGCAUAUAAAAUAGCAAUCUCGCAAUUCCCUUGUUCGAAUUGCUUGCCUGCGAGUGAAUUUUCCGACUAUGCAUAAACACGCAACACUGUUCUAUUAGAGGAUCCAUUUGCAUGGCUUAAAUCGUACGAAACCACAGCUGUGUGUAGCACCGUGAGACCAUCUUGGAUUAUGGCAGUUAUUUUUUUUUUCUUCCGCGAAGCAGUUCCGGUCAGGUUACAAAAUGACAAUCUGCUCGGAAUCCGAUUACCGGAAACUGAUUCACGUCAACCCAAGUGAACUACUUCAGCAGUAGAUAGCGAAAGUACAUACAUACAUUGGGGGGGUAGCAUUGACGGGUUUGCUUCAAUAGAAGAAAAAUGCCGUUCGCACAGGUGUGCGAGAGCUGUACGGAACGAGAAACUAGUCGUUUAAAUUUCCACUCCAAUGCAAAGUGGCGUAGAAAUUCUCACACCGCUCAACUGCGAAACGGUAUCGCAUUACUUAUGGGCACACAGCGCCAAUAUCGAACCGACCGGCGAGAGUGACUGAGUGACCUAAGCAUGUACGGGUACUGUUAAGCCAAUGGCCAAGUGUGUAGCAAAAGCCAGGCAAAACCGCACGCGAGCACUAAACGAAACGGCCGAGUGAAACGAAGAACGGAAAACAGAGCAACAGACUUUACAUAACCAAACAAAAGAAAACUUGUCUGCAUCUCAGCUGAUUGAUGAUGGUGCGACCGUAUGAAAACGAUUUCCCGUUGCCCAUCUGCUACAGCGUGAGUGAGCACCGAAACCACGUACCAAGUAUAAACACAAUAGAAUGAAGGAACAGCCGAAGAGAGUGAGUGUCACACUCAUAGGACACAAGACAAAGCACCAUUAAUCGCAAGGUAAAAUAUCCGAUGUAGCACCGCGAAUAAUCGAUGAGUGAGUGACGGCACUGGGAGAGUGAGUGGUCUCGUUUUGUCCACUCGUUUGCCGUAUGUUUCUGCUGCGAUCGUCAAAGCGUGGAGGCCAAUCGGUCGGUGCACGAGUCAAUGCGACUCACUCCGACUCUAGCGCUGCGGCUGGCGUUGUCGUCUUCCUCAGUCUCUGAACAGCCCAUGAACGAACAGCACGCAAAAGUGGUGUUCCUCCGUCGAUCGAGGUCGCGUGUCAAUUUGAUAUACAAGUUAACACAGUAGUAGCAUAACAAAUUACAACCGAUGCUUUAAAGAUCCGAAACACUUGUUUUGGGAAGUGUCAAAGCAGGAAAGUGGAUUUUUAGUUUAUUUUGUUUUUUUUCCGGACAACGGUGGGUGUCUGUUAGUACUUAAAGAAUUUACAGUGCAGCAAGGAUCACGCUCAGGUGUAACAGGAGCCGGUUGUUCUGCUCGGUAAAUCUAGGACUCUGCGGUGUCGAAAGUGAAAACUAUCUUCCGGAAACUAUUCACCGUAAUUGGGCCUAAAGACAUCUCGAUUACAAAAUAUUUAUCAGCUCUUCAAAUGUGGAGUGAACAUUAGAGUGAGUGAUAAACCGACAGGCAAGUGUGCGCCGCGAGAGUGUGAACAACGGACGGUGGGAAGGAGAGAAUACGUCGUGGAACGAGUCGUAGCAGCAGAAGCAGCAAAUCUUGUCUUAAAACGGUUAAUAAGAAACAGCUAACGGCAAGGUCGUAUCUCGUAGUGUAACACACCAUGGUGCGACGGGAGACGAACUGCUGAGGUGGAACACGGAACAUUCAGCAACGGGGAGUAAAAACACUCAAAAGUGAAUGAAAGACGAAAAAUUGCCAUUAAAAAGAGAAGAGCGAAAAAAAACUAUCCUGCUCCCCACCCGUGUCCCAAGAGUCUAGUGACUAGUGGAGUGAACUGAAAGCUAUUAUAGCCAUUCGAAUUAAAAUUGAAAAAAAAAAAGUGAGUGGAUGAAUUUAGAGCGUGAACUAAAAAAACCAGUGAAUACAUAGAUUGGCUGGUGGCUGCGGUUUUGAUGUAGGAAGUACCGACAGGAGCACAAAAGGUCGGAUAUUUAUCGCUUCUGUUGCGGUCAGCCCGGUCGCUGAUAGAUAGCCAAAACUAAUAACUGAUAUUUCGCCCCGAAUAGUGCUGGUCAGCAGCAGGGUCAUAGAAUAUCAACACGAUCUGUUGUGGGGUGCGAGCGUGGAUUCCACGGAAGCUUUGGAUUAUUCUGUGGUUUCCAUACCAUAAUCACGCUGUCGGUUGGUUAGCGCAGAGUGGCAGCCGUGGCGAAAAGUAGAGAGCGAAAAACUGUGUUGUGAAAUCUAUCGCUAGAGACUGUGAUUUAACAAAAGAGAAACUAUUUACGGGUUGCAAGUGUGUACCCGCGAUAGCGUGACAGUAGCAGCAGCAUCGAAAGUGAAUUGAAGACAUGAAAUAGGGAAGCAAGUACGCACUUGGUGUGAUUUGACGAAAUAUAUUGCUGUGGUUCGAUUGGGACCACACGAGAAGUGACGCAGUGACGAGCCGCGUGUUUGCAAAGUGCAUCACUAUCUAGAACUAUCAAGAACUAUCGUGUGCAGAACAACCAUGACUCUACCGUGCAACAAUAACUCCAAUGUCGCCGAGGAUGAUUCGGACAUUUUCGGACCACCGCACACAUCUCCACCGAUGCGACGGAAUCGGCCCAAAGUUCCAAUGAUUUCCGCCCAGCUACGGAUGCGCGAGGUGCGCAAGCGAAUUCUUCAACUCUGUGUCCACAAGCUAGAACGCAUCAAGGAUUCGGAGCGAAAUCUACGUCGUUCCGUGUGCAUCAACAAUACCUAUUCCCGGCUGACGGACGAUAUCCGACGAGAGAAGCAGAACAAAUAUCUGAUGCUGAAUCAAUUAACGAAAUCUGAUAUCAACGGAAAAACAGACUGCGACAGCGUAAACAACAACAACAGAAACAAUGAAAAUCUGAAUCAAAGCAACCAUUUGCGCAGACCAUCGGAGCUCGCCGGAAACAAUAACAACAACAACAACAACAGCAGUAUUAUCAAUAAUAACAACAAGUCAACACGUAGCGAUGAAACCAAACCGGUGAGAAAGUCUUCCUCGGUGGACACUGACUUGGAAACUCUGGAUCGGGAACUUUGCGCACUGGACGCUGCGAUGCCACUGGUGGAUCCGGAAAUAACGCAAGGCGCCGAACAGCUGGAACAGGCGAUGGUUUCACGGAAACGCAAAUUCUCCCAAAUGGACGACGAGGACAAUGACCGGUUGGUGCGCGAAGCGCUCUCUCAAUUCUAUCUGCCCAGCAAUCGGCUCCUCAGCGGCAUUGACGACUGUCCCUCACAGCUAUUAAGCUCAACCUCUUCGGUAGUAGUUCCCCUGUCAUCAUCCGUCGAUGUCAAACGCACCAAAGUAGAUCUCCUCGACAGCAGUCCAGUGCAUCACCAUCACCACCAUCACCACCACCAUCAUCAUCAUCAUCCCUUUCACUCGCUACCGGAUCUGAACGCGGCGCUCGAGCUUUCGAACCAAAACCACCACCAACAUCAGAAAGAUUUCGAGGUAAUAAUGGACGCACUGAGGAUCGGUGCCGCGGCUGCUGUCGCCGGAAACACCAUCGCCGGUCCGGGUGCAACCGGUUGCAACAUCGUCGGUAACAUUGACUCGUGCGGCCAGGCGGCAAUGAUGAUGAUGGGCGGCGAAACUAGCAGCGUAUUCCACAACCUGGUGGUGACGUCGCUGGAAACCUGAAAGUAGGCCAAUGCGCAUAUCCCCGUCCGUCACCAGCGGUGGCUAUCAACCACUACCCCGGUACCGGUACCGUGGUGGACCCGAGCGACUACUAACGAGGGCGGUGGUGGCCGCGGUGGGGAACAGCAAUACCAACCACAAUACUUUAGUGAUUAUUACUACAGUAGCCUUCAAAUGCAUUGAUCUUCACUUAUUUUGUGUAACGGAAGCGCAACAACGUAUAGCAUCAUUAUUUAAAUCCAAUCUGUUAGCAUUAUCUAUCAUUAUAUUUAAAACAUUUUACUAGGGAAAAAAGAAACACGGGCUGUCAAAAUUUCGCUCCCAACGCUGCGCAUAAUAAUGGAAUUCGCGACGUUGCUUUGAUUGCAAUAAACAGCCUAGGAGAGCGACGUCUCCGCUGGUGUGCAUCAGUCAGUCCAUACAAACACAAUCGCUGUGGCAAAUAACACUUGCUGUGAAGCGUGUGUGAAGCAAGUGGGCAGAAAAACAACCCAUUCAACGAGGCGAAGGAAAAAUGUAAGUGAAAGUGCAAGAAAAACUUAGUAGCUUGCCAUUAGCUCUCGCUGGAUGGUUUGGCGUUUUCUAGUCCCCACGGUAGCGCGCAACGGGCGAAGAGAAGCAAGCAAUACCAGAGCGAAAACAAAAAAAAACAACCACCGUUCAUAGCAACAACGGUUGGGUAAUCCAAGUUGGCUUCUGAGCCUCCUAGCAGCAGCCAACAACAAAAAAAAAUCAUAAAAGAAAAACCCGAAUACCACAAAGAAACAGAGUAAUGUCAUCGUUUUCCUUCUAGAUUAAGUUACAUCAGUGUCAUUGCCAAAAUUAACGUUUAUUAAAAUCAAACUCGCAAACAUUUGUCAAAUCCUCGGAGCAUGUAAAAUAGCUCACAAUGGAAGCCAUCGCACGCGCGGUUUACUGGCGGCAGUGAGUGCAGGCUUGUUUUCCUCUCUCUCUCUGUCUGUCUGUCUGUCUCUGCUGACCUACAAACUAUGAAGUUGAAGAUGAAGGUUUCCUUUUUAGUAGUAGCCAAUGCGAAAACGGCCAAACACACAUACACCUGUGCGUAUUGGCAGCGAACAAAUGGAAGAGGAAAAUUUAUAGUAAACAGUAUCUGUGAUAUUAGACGUAAGGUGCGUAAAGUUAGCCAUCAUUAGUGAAUGACAUGAUGAACAGUAGUAAUUUCGCGGUUCAGAGCAGCAACUCCGACCGGCUUAAGCGAGCAAAUCGAAUUUUUUUUUAGUUUGUUCAAUUGUAAUAGUAACGGAAAAUGCGAAGAAAAAAAAACAACAACCAAACUAUUCCAAUGUGUAGGUGAAUAAAAAUAAAGAAAAAAAAAUCCUAGAAACCGAAAGCGCAAUUUCAUCGUUUCCAUUUUUAUACUUUUUUUCUUGUUGGAAAAUUGCUUUGGAUAAACCAUUUCUAAAUUCGAAGAAUUUAAUAAACCAUUACGUGUAAAGUAAAGCCAAGUGAUUGAAGACCAAGUAGAAAGCGUACACUGUUUAGGUUUCAGACUAGAUUACUACUCUAUACUGAAGGAGAAAACCAAUUCAUAGAUUACGAUCAACGUGUGUACAUUAAACCAACCGGAAUUAUUAGUAGAAGAAAGACCAAAGCAAAACAAAUAAAGAAAGAAAAAAAAACAGAAGAUCCUCGAAUGUCAUCAUCAUUUUCAAACUCCCACAAUUGAAAACCAAUUUUUACUGUGAGUUGAUCGGGCCGGAUGUCGUGACUGCUCGUGUUUGGUUGCCAAACAUUCUCCAAGAACUAUAAAUCUAAAAUUGUUUUGUUCUGUUAUUGCAACAUUCCACGCGGUGUUGACAAAUCAUCCACCAGCCAAAUCAGAAAGAAUUGCGUAGCAAUUUCGGGUCCCGUUUGAAACGUCACGUUCUUAACUUAUUUGUUUUUUGUUUACAACAUAUAAAAACUGUUUGCAACCGAAGCGAUUCGCACCGACGGAGAUCCGAGGUUAGGUACUUAUUAAAUCAGACAUUUCGAAGAGGAUCCUUUGUUCAGGACCAAAAGUACGCUAUAGGAAAUAAUCUAUCCACUCUCUUAAGACAGACAAUGCCCUUUGCAUUGGGCCCCCAAACCGAAUGAGAACUAAGUUGCGCGUAUGCGUGUGCGUGAGAGAGAAAUACCCAAAGUGCUUGAAUUUGUUGAAUUAAAAAGAAACCUAUUGUAAUUACAUUUUGUAAGAUAUAACGGAAAAAGAAGCUAAUUUUAGGAUCGAAGUUAACUUUCGAACUGCGUCACUAUAUGAUAUUUCUUUUUAUUUUUAUUUAACGAAAAUUUUUGUCUACUACCUUGCCAAAAAAACCAACGACCUUUCAGUGGCCACCUAAACUAACUCAAAAGCUAUAGGAACUGCUGCGUUCUGUUUCACUCCAUGGGCAAUUAAAUAUGUUAGCAAAAUGAAUGUGUGCAAUUACGGCAAAAUGCUCUAAAAAUUUCAUUCCAAGCUUCAAUUAGUGAAAAUGCGUCAACUAGCGAGAUUCCCCUCGCGAACUAUUUGAAACUUUUUUUUUUACCCUGUUUAUCGUAAAUCGAAACCUAUAGUUACCUAGUAAUUAAUACGGUUUUUUUUAGUUGAAGCAAACCAGAGAACAAGUGGCUUAAUUCCUCUUCCACCGGCCUUCAAACUUUACUAGUAGUCUUAUUGUAUGUUUUGUUCGAUUGCAAAAUUUAGAAUAAUUGUUAGUUCAUUUUUUUUUCGUAGAUAAUUUCCAAUUAUUUGGCGAAAUGCAACAUUUUGUAGACCUGUUUCCUUUUGUUCAUGAUUUUAUUUAGACCACUUCCGCGUUUUAUUCAGUUUAUUUAUACAUUAUAUUAUUGGUUAGUAGUUGUAUUUAAUGAAUAUAACAGCAGAGAAUGAACUUAUAUGUUCGUGCUACAAUCUAAAUGAAUAUAUGCAACAAAACUAUAAAAUAAAUAAUAACAUAUACAAAUAAGGACACUUAUUGUUGUAGUAGAA